UAGUGAAGCUCCGCAUUUCUAACGUGUAUUUAAUUGCAGCGCAAGACAUGUCUAAAGGGAUCGUAAGGACGAGUAAAUUUCGUCACGUGUUUGGAAAGGCCCUGAAGAAGGAGAACUGUUACGACAACAUCAGGAUCUCGAAGAACUCGUGGGACUCCAACUUCUGUGCCGUGAACCCCAAGUUUGUGGCCGUCGUGAUCGAAGCGGCCGGCGGCGGAGCCUUCCUCGUCCUGCCGCUCAAUAAAUCUGGACGCGUUGAUGUAAACGCGCCGUUAGUAACUGGACAUAAAGGGCCGGUUCUAGACAUCGCGUGGUGUCCUUUCAAUGAUAAUGUGAUCGCCAGCUCUUCCGAAGACACAACAGUCAAAUGCUGGCAAAUCCCGGACUACGGCCUCACGCGAACGCUCACCGAACCGGUGGUCGAACUGCACGGACACCAGAGAAGAGUGGGAUUCCUGUCAUGGCAUCCGUCGGCAAACAACGUGCUGUUGAGCGUGGGAUCGGACAACAAAGUGAUCAUCUGGAAUGUGGGCACCGCUGAGAUACUGGCGAUGAUUGACUCGCCAGACCUGGUGUUUCACGCGUCGUGGAGUUGGGACGGCAGUCAUCUCGUGACCACUUCCAAAGACAAGAAGAUCCGCGUCUACGACCCGCGCUCUGGAGAACUCGAACACGAGGGCGACGGACACGACGGCGCGAAGACCCAGAGAGCCAUAUAUUUAAAAAAUAAUCUGAUUUUCACGACUGGUUUCUCCAAAAUGAGUGAACGACAGUACUCUCUGCGCAGCGAAUCGGCGCUCAGCGAACCCAUCGUUUUGGAUGUGUUGGACACCAGUAAUGGUGUCUUAUUUCCCUUCUAUGAUCCCGAUGUAAAUCUCGUCUAUUUGUGCGCAAAGGGCGACAGUAAUAUCCGAUACUUCGAGAUCACAGACGAGCCUCCGUUUGUCCACUACAUCAGUACCUACCAGUCCAGUGAACCGCAACGAGGCAUCGGGUUUAUGCCAAAGCGCGGCUGUGAUGUACUUAACUGUGAAAUCGCCCGACUCUUCAAACUUCAUACGAAAGGCUUCUGCGAAGUGAUUUCAUUCACUGUUCCUCGAAAGUCUGAGUUAUUUCAAGACGACUUAUACCCGGACACUAUUAGCGAUAUACCGGCGCUCACCGCAGAGGAAUGGUAUAAUGGAGAGGACAGGGAACCAGUUCUGGUAUCACUUAAAGAGGGCUAUCAGUCCACCAAAAAGCAAGACUUAAAAGUUGCCAAAAAGAAGCCAAAUCUGUUGGACAAACUGCCGGCAAAGAAGCAGUUGUCCUCAUCGGGAGGCUCGACACCAUCGCCGCCCGGCUCACCGAACCCGUCGUCCGGGGGCGGAUCGGGUGGCGGCGGCGUGUCGUCCGGCGUAUCCAACCAACGCGUCGAGGAAUUAGUGUCGGAAUUAAACAAAUUGAAAGCAAUUAUUCUGAAACACGAGGUCCGCAUCCGGGACUUAGAAAAGAAAGUGGACGGGAGUGCCGCCGAUAACCAACACAACUCCCAUCCCUCUAUAGAAAUCACCAAAAAUAAUGGCGAAACGCAUGUCGCGGACGAGGUUUAAGGAUAAGCAUCGCAAACACCACUCGAUUAAGACUUAUAUGUAUUUUUAAUUCAAAGUAUAAAUAAUGCCUCCGUUUCCGACAGAUUUGUUGCCAUUUUAUUGUGCAUAACGUAUAUAUAAAUAUUUAAAACAUUUUAAUUUAUAAGAUUUAAUUGAAAACCAAAUACUGGAUAAUAAUAAAUACGUGUCCAUCAGAUGACUAAAUAACUGAUUGAUUCUAUGGACUAACUAUGAAAUAAUAGCUCUUUUGCUCAAAUCUAAUGCCAUUCUCAUACCAUUGGGUACAACGAUAUGAUGAGAAUCGCAUUGAAUGGGCUUUUCUAUGCAAAGUAAGCGAAUGUUUUAUUUUUGAGUUGCAAUUGCGAUACAAAACUGAUCAACUGAUCCACUCUUUUGUUAUUUAAAAGAUUUGUUUUUAAAGUUUAUUUCAAUGAAAUUUAUGUGAAUUCAUAUAUGAUUUGUGAGCAAACCUUGGUAUGACAUUCAAACUGUGAACACCCGAUGCGAAUGUAUUAUUAUUUUUAAAUAGGUUUUAAUUAAAUUAUAUUUUAAAGCUUUUUUGUGCCAAUCAAUACCAGUUCCAAAUAACUUAUAAUUAUAUACAGGUAUAUCACAAUUUAUUCAUUUUUACUAAAUUCUAAAGUAUUUAUAUUUUCAAAACAACAACACAUUUAACUAUUAUUAUUAUUGUAUUUAUAAUAAUAGACAAAAUCUUAAAAUAUUUGUACAAAUUUAGAACUAAUUAUUAUUUUAUUUAAUUUAUGCUUAUUUUAUGACUUAUAAUGAGAUGCAAUGAAUAUAAGGAUU